AUGCGCACGCUGUACAUCCGACCACCACAACACGGCACCUAUCGCGCACGACCAGCAAAAACACCAAAAGAGUUAGAAAUGCAGCGCCAGACCAGGAAGCGCUUGGCGGAGGAGAACAGGUCGGUGGAUCUCGACUCGCCGGAUUGGAAGAACAAUCCGUUCGCUGUCCGCCUCGCACCAGAAGUUCGAAUCGACUCGGUCACGAAACUGAUUCCGCCGAAUGGAUAUCGCGCGCCAGAAGGACGUACGGUGGUUCCUACGCCGCGUGAGUUCUCGAAGCCUGGCCGAGAGCUGCGGAAGCUACGAAUGGCGGACGCGUGGAAGCAAGGCACGAUGGAUGACAAGGCCGCGGAGAUGGGACAGUGGUUUCCAGACUUUCCAGGCACCCACGACGUAUUUGUGUCGGACGCGAAGACCAAGCCGGCGAAGGGAAGCAGCUCCAACCCCAUAGACUUCACGUCGCCAUCCCCAGCGGGCCCCGCCCAGCGUGGCGAGUGUCCUUCUUCAGACAUUGGCUUGUUCUCAAAGCUUCCGGGCGAGAUUCGGAACCGCAUCUACCGGAUGGCGGUCCUCGAAGAAGAUCCAUAUGAGCCUGUCAAGUUUGCCAUGGAACCAGGAACCUGCUCUACCGGUGCAUGCCGCCACUCGAAAGUCGGAUACAAUGUUCCCGGCAUCGCCAAUACCUGUCGUCAGAUGCGAUGGGAAGUCAUGCCCAUCUUCUGCGUCGAGAACUGCGCCUUUCAAUUCGACGAUCUCAUGGUGCAUCAGUCCUGUGUCAGCAACUUUCUGCGCAGCAUCGGAGACUACGCAGACAUCGUGCCGGAGUAUCAAUUCAUGCUGAAGCGGCCUCUCUGGCACCAGGACGAGUUCAAAGGCUGGAUUCCUUACACCUUCAUUCUGACCACGCCACUUGGUGAUCAGAGGCCGGAGUUGGGGGAAGACUUGUUCAUUCUCAAUUACACCGAGCCACUGAGGCGCAUGAUCUGCGCAUGUGUUCUCGACAAGGUCUGCGAUGAGAUGAAUGACGGGUUUGACAAGAAGAAGCGGACGCCAGCAAUCGGCAAGAUGGUGUUGGAUUUCCUGGAAGGAGAUGAGUUUGUCGACUUCGUUUGGCGGAUGCGCAAGUCGAAGCAGUGGAUGCAUGCACUGAAGAAGUGCAAGGCCUGCACCUUUGUCAAAUUCAACAAUUGA